AGAAGCGGGAACCAAUAGGUUAUAUUUAUAAAUAGCAGACAAAAUCAGUGAAGCGUAAACUUUACCACAAAAAGAGAAGUAAUAUACAAAGAGUAGAGCUGUGUUAGUGGGCAAGAAAGAUGUCUGAAAUUAAUAGUAUCAUUGUUUUUGGUCCAACUGGAACUACUGGAUUACAUAUAUUAAAAAGGGCAAUACUUGAAGGAUUGGAAGUGACAGUAUAUGUACGUAAUCCAAAAAAAAUACCAGAAAGCAUAUGUGCAAAACUAUACAGAAUUAUACAAGGAGAUGUGUUGGAUAAAACGAGGGUUGAGAAUGCAAUCGAAGGACAUGAUGCCGUACUGUCUGCACUCGGCCAAGGAGGGAAUAACCGUGACAAUAGACUACUGUCGGAAGGUUGUCAAAAUAUUGUGUCGGGAAUGAAAAAGCACAAUGUAACGAAACUGGUCAUUGUUAGCAUGGGGACAUUUCUUACGAGAGAAAGACCCAGAUUCAACAGGUUUUGGAAGAGGAUCGGAUUUUAUGAUGAUCAUCAAAGACAAAUCAAAAUACUGGAAGAAGAAAGAGAAUCGAUUGAUUGGAUCAUGAUGAUGCCUUCGAAUAUAAGAAACAGUACAAAUAUCAACCCCGACUAUAAGGUGGAAAAAAAUAAUAUUCCUGGUGAAUAUUCCGUUACGGCUGGAGAACUUGCAGAUUUCAUGGUAAAGGUAUUCAUGGAUAGAACAUCAACGGAAUGCUUCAAGCAUACCAAGUUAGGGAUAUCUUCUUAUCCAAAGAGGAAAUUUUCAUGCAAAAUCAGUAUGUCAGUAGCAAUGGGUCUAUUUGCUUUUGCUAUUGGAGCAAUGCUGUAUUAUAGAAUGCUACCUGAUGUAUUGCAAGAAUUUGUUGACAAUGUCACCAACCAUGGCACAGAUGCUAUUAAAGAUCAGUAACUAGUUGAGUCGAAUGAAAACUGUGUGUAUAUAGAAUUCUUCAAAAAGCCCAAAGUUAAAGCUAAUGAGAUGAAUAUGUUGACAAUAUGUUAAAAUAAUUUUCUCUCAGCUCUUAUCUUAACCCAAACCAUGUUUUUUUUCCUUUUUUACAUGACAUGGCGAUAAGUUUUUUUUCCUCGUUAUUGCAAAAUUAUCUUAUUGAGUUCAGGAUGCAUUUUUUCGUCUGAGGUGUAUGCAUUGUUUUGCCCUUUCUUGCAGUUACAAAGAUCCUAAAAUUUGAAUCACAGGCUUUUUAAAAUAUGUAUAAAACCCUAUAAUGUUUAAAUAUGGAAAAAAGCAUGUGAAAGCAUUCAUUUUCUUAUAUUUCCAUAUAUGUCUUAAUUUUUUAUGCCACUUUCAUACACAGUUUCUCACCACAAUUUUGAACUUGAAUAUAUUUUGUAAACACACUUCAGCAAACUGUCAAUAUUGCAAAUUGCAAUUGAAAAACCAGCCAAUUAAUUCAAGUUUAUGUCCCUCAUUUCACACAUUGAUUUACUCGUUUUAUCUUCCAGGUUUUAGCCAUAAAAUUUACUGAACAUGUUCAAUUUCCACUAUUUUCCUCUGUAUAUUUUUAAAGGUGUUUGUUGUGUUGUACUUGUAAAUAUGAUUCAUGCACCAUCACAGUAAUAAAUGUGCUUGAAAUCAUCCUAUUAGGGAAGAAGA